AUGGUCAAAUAUGGUGGUUCUGUUCGUUUCUCCAGAACCUUGUGGACCUGCGUCGACAGGGUUGUCGAAACGUCAAAUCUGGUGGUGACACAGUGGAAGCUUCCUCGCGUGCUUCGCGAGCGCUCCGGGGAACGAGUGCUAGAAAAGUUUGGUUUGCAAGCCACUGCCAGAUCGGCAAUCCGGACUGCGAGAAACGUGGUCAAGGACGUUGGUUUGGAGAAGGCUCGUGGCAUAGGCGGCUUGCUUCCGCUAGCGCGAAUUUCGGAAAAUCAUAGCGAAAGGGAUUCUCAUUCCUUGCUUUCGAAGAAGCUCGGCCUCGCUUUGCCGAUUCCUUUGUCAGAGACGCCGAGCGAAGAAAACGAUGGAGAGCCGCCGAAGCGAUUUCAAAGGCUUAGUAUGGUGGACUGGGUUCGCUAUUUCUGCAAGCACAAUCAUUGGCAUGUUCUAGCAGGCCUACGCAAACCUGACAAAGUUCGUGAGGAGAAGAUAUGGAAGGCCUGGUGGGAACGGUAUCGAAUCCACGAGCCUUCACACCCCAUUUUUGCAGCUGCUGAUGCGAACAAAAUAGAUCUAUGCAAGACCGCCGGGGUCCUUCUUCACGGGGACGAAGGGCGCGGCCGCCGCCGCGCCGCAUUUUUUAUCUUGAGUUUUCAUUCAAUCAUUGGAAGGGGCACGCUUCAGUCCUUGGGAAAGACAAACAAGGUUUUGCAUUCAUCUACAAAAAAGACCCGGAAACCGUAUCUGAAGAUGAGCUUGAACUUUGUGGGGCAUUCCUACACGAAUCGAUUUAUCACCGCAGUACUUCCUCGAGCAGCUUAUGGUGAAUGCGACAGACAUUUCUAUGAUGCGUUGUCCGCGGCCUAUGGUGAUGCAAAAUAUUUGGAGACCGUGGGCGUGGAAGAUAGGCAAGGCGAUCGACGCUUUUUGUGUCUCCUGAAGACAGUAGGUGAUUGGCCGUUUUUGGCCAAGGCCGGGCGUUUGCAGAGAACAUAUGCCAACAGUAUAAAACAAAUCAACCAGGCAGCGGUGGGGGUUUGUCACCGCUGCGAAGCGGGGUUUCCUCAUGCCCCGUUUGAGCAGAUCGGAACAAGGCGGCCGGCAUGGUUGCGUACAGUCAACGCUUCGUCGCCUUUUGCCGGCAUGCCUUGGCCUCCAGCUGUUAAGGUUGUGGAGAACACGGAGCGCCUUGCCGAGCAUUAUGCAUUCGACUUGUUUCAUACAUUUCAUUUGGGAGUUGGCAAGUAUUACGUGGGGAGCGUCUUGGCCAUUCUAUCAAAUUUGGAAAGCGGAAAUGUGGAGCAAAGAUUCCAGCAGGUCACCGCCAAGUAUCGGGAAUGGUGUGGAAGGACCGGACACACUAUGUUCGUUUCGAAACUGACGAAAGACUCGAUUGCAUGGGAGGCAACAUCCGAUUUUCCAUGUGGAGGAUGGUUUAAAGGUGACUUGACAACCACGCUUCUGGAGUGGAUUGAAAGCCUCGAAGGCUCGGUGAUGGAUCCGUUGUUUGUUCUGUCAAUGGAUGCAACGAAAUCCAUAAACCUUUUCUUCCGGAUUCUCUACUCGGAAGGUGUGUGGUUGUCCGUCGAAACAGCAGCGCGGACUGGGCAGCUCGCGAGCAAAUUCCUACGACGCUACGAAGAGCUGGCGAAAAAAGCACACUCUGAUCAAUUGACUUUAUUUGCGAUGCCACCGAAAUUGCACUCGCUUCAUCACUUUGCCAUCGACUUGCUCACCUCCGCAAAUGCCAACCGCAUGGCGUUGAACCCGCUCGCACUGAGUACUCAGAUUUCCGAAGAUCUGGUCGGGAGGCCUUCGAGGUUAAGCAGACGCGUCAGCUCUCGGCUUGUUGUGCAACGAACACUGGAACGUUAUUUGCAGUCGUGCCAUGCUAAGUGGGUCGCUGCAGGACUGCUCAUCGAGACGGCGUCCAAGUGA